AUGCAUCUCUUGAAGUACACGCUGCUAGCAGCUGCAGCGUCGGCUUCAGCUCUUGCCCAUGGCCAUGCAGAGCCACUGCUCAAGAUCCCGGCCAUCUGGCAAUCCCCACUCUUCAAAUCGAGCAAUCACCCUGUCGGCUCUCACUCUUCGCCCGCACCCGUCAAGCCCAAGCUCCAAGAGGCCUUUCAGAUCCAUGAGCCCGCACCGAUCCUAACGAACACGCCGCAAAUUUGUUCCAUCACGCUCGUCUCACGCUCGUUCGCCAACUCGUACGGUUCACCCUCCUAUCUUUCCUACGAUCCUGCCUCGUUCGCCGGUACGUCGUGUUCCUAUCCAGAUGAGUGGACGGGACUCACACUGGACAUUCAUGGAGAGACUCGUGGACGACAGUUCGAUCGUCUCGGAACCGUAUGGGUAGGCAACAAUAGAACGGGUCAAGGUGUAGAGGUCAUGAGGUUGGACAACCCCGAACCGACCAGAACGGGUGUGUUCUGGGACAUCAAGAAGGACAUCGGCAAGUAUUGGAGCUUGUUCAGCGAGAAAGCGGAUGUGGUGUUCGAUCUGCCCAAUAUUGUGGAUGAUACGUAUACGGGAGCGCUCAACGUCACGUUGAAGCUGAGUGCAUCUGUUGACGGAGUGAUGCAGAGUCGAGGUGGAAAACAUCGAAGACGUCCGGUGGCGCAGUCCGCUCUAUCGUUGAAGAAUCGUUCGGCGGACGUAGUCAUCCCUCUGUCGAAACGUCUCCGAACCAACAACUCGAUCUUCCUCAUCGGUGGAAGUGCAGGCAACGGCACAACGCCCAUCACUCUACCUCAGAAUGCGGCGAGAGCCAUCGUCGAGAUCUACGCUAGCGGCACAGCAACCGAGGAAUUCUGGUACACUGGUAUCCCGGAUCGUUUCUACAACCAGAUCCCUGAUGCCAGCGAGGAUGGCUACUACGGCCACGGAACCUACCGAGAGGUUCAGCUGUACAUCGAUGGUACUUUCGCCGGAUUCGUCACUCCCUACCCGAUCAUUUAUACGGGUGGUAUCAACCCACUGUUGUGGCGUCCAAGCGCCAAUUAUGGAACGUUCGAUCAGCCGACGUACAACGUUGAUGUUACGCCUUGGUUGGGUGGAUUGACGGAUGGAAAGGAACAUGUGUUUGAGUUGGCGGUGGUGAGUAGCGAGGAGGGUGGGGGCAUCAAUGAUGCCAGUUGGUUUGUCAGUGGUAAUGUGCAGGUGUAUUUGGAUGCGAGUGGAGAGAGGACGACGGGGAAGGUGUUGAAGGUGCAGAGCGGAGGAGAGGAUGUGGAUGGGUAUACAGAGGGAAAAUUGGUGGGUGAUCCGCUGACAAAUGGUUCGUUGACGUACACGGUAGGAUUGAAAAGAGGGAGGAGCUUUGGUGUGGCCGGAAGCAUCAAGACUGGAUCCGGGGUCGAGUAUGUCGCGGGAUGGUAUCAGUCGGCAGAGUACUCCAACAACGGUUUUGUGAAUGCUACUGCUCAAACGAACGAUCAGAAGAGCUACGGCUGGACGAGAUCGUUCGUGUUGGGUGCGGACAAGGUCGACAAAGUGAUGGAUGCGGGAUUGUCGUUGGACGAGCUGCAGACGUUGGCCGACACACAGGGUGUGGGAGCCGUGCAGCUGGAUUACAACUACCCGCUGUACGCUGCUUCGUACCUGUCCAACACGAACUUUGACGUCCAAGUCAACCAGCAAUUCGAUCGAACUGUCCGACGAGCCUCGCACAACAGCCAACGCAACGAUCUCAACCAGCUGAUUGGGGACGAAACAACCUUUGUCCACGCCGAGCCGGUUACUGCGUUGCCGCACGCGACGCUGUCGCGCAGAACGGGAACCGUCGAUUCGGUGCUGGUGAACGGUGCGAUCGCUAAUGGCACGGGUACGUCGGAUCAGACUUUCAUGUAUAGGGAUAUGGCUGGUGGUACGAUCGACAGACACACCCGGACCAACACGACCAGCGUGUUGCAGGAUACGUUGGGUGGUAGCGCGAGCGGUAGAGCCCAGCCUGCUCAACUGGCUGUUGCAUAG